AUGGUGGAGAUGUGGAGUAGCCACCCUGCUAUGUGGGCACGUCUUUGCAUCUUGCUCCUCCACGUUGCUUCAGCCUUAGACCCUCUCUUUACGUUCAGCCCUGACCUAGGUCUUUCUUCCUCUUCCUUUUGCUUUCUCGAGCUUCCCGUUCUAUUUCCUCCUGCUUCUCUUCUUGGUUUAUGGUUAUCUAGGUCUAUGGUCAUUCAGAUGUUUGGUCUCGAUUUCAGAUGGUCGUCAUCUAAAUGCCCGGUUUCAGUUUUUGUGGCAUCUAAAUCCUCAGUUACAGAUUUUGAAGAACCAGUUUUACUAGAGGGUAGUGUAGUUAAGGAUGAUGAUGAGGCGUAUGAGUUAUACAAUAGUCAUGCAUUUAGGGAUGAUUUUGGUACUAGGAAGGGUAAAAAGGAGUAUAGAAGUGGUACUAGAAUAGUUCGACAACGGUUUUUUGUUUGUGCAUAUGAGCGGUUUAGAAAUCCCGAUGGUAUUACGCCUAAAUAUUUUUUUAAAAAUUAUAGGAGAACUGGAUGUAAGGCUUUAGUUCAGUUUGAUGUUGAUAAGAAAACCGGAUCAGUUGGUACUAAGCUUGCUGAUAUUCUUAGAGCUAUGAGGAAAGAAGUAGGUGGUGAGGCUCAUUUAGGUUUCACUGUUCCCGAUGCAUAUGAUGUUGUUACAGCGGAGAAGAAGAAAAUUUUGGAUGUUGACAACCUUUUUUUGGAGAGAUGGAGAAUGUGGUCUGAUUAUGAAGCCUUUGGUGAUUUAUUGAUUCAUGAUACAACUUAUCGUACUAAUAAAUACAAUAUGAUUUGUGGGCCUUUUUUUGGAAUGAAUCUUCACACCGAAAAUAUCAUAUUUGGAGUUGGGUUUAUAUUGAAUGAGAGGACAAGUACUUUUGAGUGGCUUUUUAAUUCUUUUUUGACUUCUAUGGGAGGGAAGCAACCUGUGACUAUCAUGACAGAUCGAUAUUCUGCCAUGGACAAGGCUAUAAGGGAUGUGUUUCCCAAAUCGAGGCAUCGGUUGUGUACGUGGCACAUCGGAGAAAAUGCUGCUGUAAACAUCAAAGUUGUUAUGGAUAAAGAAGGAUUCAAACGUCGAUUUGAUUGUGUUUUGAAAUAUACUGACACAGUUACUGAGUUCGAGCAUUAUUGGAAUAGAUGA